AUGCCACAGGAGGAGUUCUUUCAACAGAAAGAUAUGUGUAAGCUUCACGACAACAUGAAGCUCGAUCUCUUCUGUAAGACGUGCUUAGUUGCCGUCUGCUCCUCGUGUGUACAUGUUUCUCACUCCCACGAAGGUCAAGCUAUAUCCAACCUUAAGGAUGUGUACAGUGACAAGAAGGAAUUACUCAGAAACAAAUUAAGUGAAUUGAAAACAUCAGAAAAAAGAUACAGCACACACAAACAAAAACUGGUAGAUGAAAGCAAAACGUUGGAUGACAUACAGGAAGUCCUUGUGAGAGAUAUUGAAGAACGAGGUAACAUAAUUGUUGCAAAGAUUAAGGAAAUGACACAACAGCUGACAGAAUAUGUUGUUUGA